AUGUCAUUCAAUUAUACUACAUGGACUCAUCAUGGGGAGCGAUUGAGAACUGUUUCAAGUUUUUCAAACCCACAACCAGUGUCGCGACCUAUUAAUGAAAUAGGAAGUGAUAAUGAUCAUGUAAUGAAUGUAAUCAACGAUCUUCAUCCACACACGCAUGUUAGUCAAAACAAUGCUUUGGAAGAGGAUGAUAACACAAUCAGUAAUGAUAAUGUGGAAGUGGAUGAGUCCAACAUGCCUAGAGAAGAACAUGAAAAGUUUGAGAGAUUAUUAAAACAAGCUCAACGAGAAUUGUACCCUGGGUGUGAAGGUUUCUCUGUACUAACGGCAAUUGUGGAGUUCAUGCAUGGCAAGGUCAUGUUUGGAAUGUCCAACACAUGCUAUGAUUAUUUCAUGGCACUUUUCAAACGGAUGCUUCCGAAAGAUAAUGUUUUGCCUCCAUCACAUUAUGAAGCAGAUAAGAUUUUGAAAGAUUUAGGGUUAGGGUGUGAAAAAAUUCAUGCCUGCAAGUAUGAUUGUGUGUUGUUUUACAAAGAAAAUGAAGGGUUAGAUCAGUGUCCUGUUUGUAAUGAGCCUAGGUAUCAUAAGAGUUCUCCGGACAAGAAGCGGAAGAUUCCGAGAAAAGUGCUAAGAUAUUUUCCACUUAAGCCAAGAUUGCAACGGCUGUACAUGUCAGUGCACACGGCCAAUGAUAUGAGGUGGCAUAAGGAAAAAAGGGUUGAUGAUGAUGUUAUGCGACAUCCCGCUGACGGAACUGCAUGGAAAGAGUUUGACAAUAUAUAUCCUGACUUUGCAGCAGACCCUCGGAACGUGAGGUUAGGCCUUGCCACGGAUGGAUUUAAUCCAUUUAAUAAUAUGAGUAAACCUUAUAGUAUGUGGCCUGUGGUGGUUGUUCCAUAUAAUUUGCCGCCUUGGAGAUGUAUGAAAAAAGAAUUUUCCAUUAUGACAUUGCUAAUCCCAGGUGAUAAAGCACCUGGAAGAGAAAUCGAUGUGUAUUUACGACCAUUAAUUGACGAGCUGAAAGAAUUAUGGGAAAAUGGUGUGCCGACAUAUGAUAAGGCUACUAAUUCUGUGUUUAACUUACGUGCGGCAUUGAUGUGGACAAUCAAUGAUUUUCCAGCUUACGCAAAUCUAUCGGGAUGGAGCACUAAGGGCUAUAAUGCAUGCCCUGUUUGUAAUGAGGACGGAACAUCAGAAAGGUUUAGCGACAAGAUUUGUUACAUGGGACACCGACGGUGGCUACCUUGGAAUCAUGCAUGGCGGGAUAACAAAGACUCUUUUGAUGGGAGAACUGAAUAUCGUGCUAGACCUCGGGAGUUCUCAGGGGAAGAGAUUUUAGCACAAGUUGCCAAUUUAAAUUUUGGUCGGAUGGGUAAACACGACAACAAUCCGGACAAGAAAAUGAAGAAAACGCCUGAGCAUCGAAAUUGGUCGAAAAAGAGUGUGUUCUUUGAGUUGGAGUAUUGGUCAAAGUUAAGAAUCAGGCAUAACUUAGAUGUCAUGCACAUCGAGAAGAAUGUUUCUGAUAGUGUUGUUGGAACAAUACUGGACCUAGAAGGAAAUCUAAAGACACGCACAAAGCUCGCAAUGAUUUGA